UGCGAAACAUGUGCGACUGGAGCGACGGUCCCACUGAUCCGUAUAAUCCAAGGGGAUACCAUAGAGGAUUAAAUUCUCUUGCAAUAAAUUGCUUUGAUUGAUUGGCGCCACCAUGUGUUGUUGGUGUGCACGUGUCUACUGGACCGUUCUCCACAAUCUUCUGGCCCGGUGGUUAGAUGGCCUAAUCGAUUUGAGCAAAUUCCGUUGCCGCCUGAGAGCUCCCUUCUUGUGCGGCUGCUGUGCGGACUAUCAGCGGCAGUCGAGCGCCGAAGAUGAUGACGUCGCGGCCACCGAACGGGUUUCCAGCACCAAUGACGAUCCACCGCCCCACCAGCUCCAACACGAUUACGUCAUAGUGGACGAUGCCGAUGCCAACUAUGUGGAGAUUGAGGAGAGGAAUGUGGAAACGGAACAGUACUACUUCACCGUGGAUCGACACACGGCGGAGCGAAUGCUCAACGGCCGUGAAGAUGGCUCCUGUCUAGUCCGCCCCUUCAGGGCCCCCGACGAAUGCAUCCGGUAUAUAGUCAGCAUCUGGUCAGCAGAUCAGUUCUUUCACCUCUUCGUGCGACAGCUCGAUAGGAGACAACGCUAUGCCAUUGGCCAGAAGAAGCCACGAGAGCGCUACUUCACUUCCCCGUCGGAGAUUAUUGAAUUCUACUCUGAACACCCGCUCUUGUGCACCAACAAAGUCCGGACCCAGUGCGUCCAGUUACGGCCUAUUAGUUACGCUUAG